UAGCAGCACAACAACCAAAGAGCCACACAAAAGGGGAGUUUUCCAUUUCUGAAACCAAAAGAGUCGUGGGCAUUUGAGAAUUGGAGUAACCCGUGAAGUUUUGAUGGACUAAUCACACCAACUUUUCCCAAUUCAAACUCGUGGCCGUUGUUGUUUGCACACAAUCAUCAGCCGAGAUCGAUCCAUGCCCGACGCGUGUCACAUAAACCACACAGACAAAAUGAUUGUAGCAGAGUACAAAUUAGGCUCUCCCCCCUCUAAAACACAGGACAGAACUUGUUUGAAUGAACUGAUGCUUUCAUACUUUUCUUUGUCACGGUAUAACCUCUGCCUAGAGAGGGAGAGAUCUUUUGAAAAUUCUCUACAUUCUUUAAGUGAGAGGGAGACUGAGAGUUUUCACAUUCGAAUUCUCAAAAUUCUUCGAUCAUUCUUCUUAUCAGCCUCAUGAAUCGCCAGUUGCCUUCAGCCAUUCUUUUGAAAAUUCUAUAGUCUCUAGGAUAGAGAGAGUUCUUUUGAAAAUUCUCUACAUUUUCUGAGAUAAGAGAGAGAUUGAGAGUUACUCAAUAUUUCGAGUUCUCAAAAUUCUUCAAGCAUUCUUCCUAUCAGUUUCAUGAACAACCAGUUGCCUUUGAGUAAUUUUUUUGGCUAGUAUCAAAGCGCAUUGUGAAAAUGCCGGCCAAAUUUCAUAAAAAAAUACCUAGAUUUUCCUCUUGUUUCCAUAAGAACCAGUGAUUUUACGAAUACCCAAUCAGAAAAGUUCAAUGGAAUUCACACAGAGGUUUGUACAUUUUCCAAUCACAAGAACCUUGAACCCAAUUCUAUUCUCUAUCCUAUUCCUCUUUUUUAUUUCAAAUUCCAACUCAGUUCAUGGAAGACACCAUUUUCAGAAGAAACAGGGGAAUCCUACUUCAAGUAAUGUUUCUCCCCAAAACCCUUCUUACGCACCUUCUCUUCCUCCAAGUCCAAUUGAUAAUGGUGAUGGAAACCCAAAUGAUCCAAACCCAGAUCCCUGCAUUUUUGAUGUGAGAUCAUAUGGGGCAGUUGGUGAUUGCUCAACUGAUGAUACACAAGCAUUCAUAGAAGCUUGGAAUGAAGCAUGCCAAACUGAAUCAGGCACUCUCCUCGCCCCGUCUGAUUACAAUUUCACAAUCACUUCAACUAUUUUCUCAGGGCCUUGUAAGCCUGGUUUCACAUUUCAAAUUGAUGGUACUUUGAUGCCACCUGAUGGGCCAGAUUGUUGGCCUAACGAUGACAGCAAGAAGCAAUGGCUUGUGUUCUAUAGAGUAGAUGGAAUGGCACUUCAAGGAAACGGCUUAAUUGAAGGAAAUGGAGAGAAAUGGUGGGAUUUACCUUGUAAACCUCACAGGGGUCCCAAUGGAUCAACACUGCCUGGACCAUGUGAUAGCCCUGCUUUGAUACGAUUCUUCGAUUGCUCGAACUUGCAUGUUCAAGGCCUGAGGAUACAUAACAGCCCCCAAUUUCAUGUGAAAUUCGAUGCAUGCGAGAAUGUCCUCAUUGAGAACCUCUUCAUAGACUCCCCUGCUCUCAGCCCCAACACAGAUGGAAUCCAUGUCGAGAAUACAAAGUUUGUAGGAAUCUACAAUUCGGUCAUACGCAAUGGGGACGACUGUGUAUCCAUUGGAGCUGGAUGUUCUCAUGUGGAUAUUGAGAAUAUCACCUGUGGCCCAGGUCAUGGGAUUAGCAUCGGAAGCCUAGGCGUUCACCACACGCAAGCCUGCGUCUCGAAUGUGACCGUAACGAAUGUGGUGAUAAAGAACUCAGACAAUGGUGUAAGGAUCAAAACAUGGCAAGGUGGGAUGGGCUCUGUCACCUUCAUAACCUUCGAGUCAGUCCUAAUGGAAAACGUUCGAAAUUGCAUAAUCAUAGACCAAUACUAUUGUUUCACAAAGGGUUGCACCAACCAAACCUCAGCUGUGUUUGUCUCUGAUGUGGCCUACAGAAAUAUUAAGGGGACUUAUGAUGUUAGGAGUCCCCCUAUGCAUUUUGCUUGCAGUGACACAGUGCCCUGCACUAAUAUUACACUCUCUGAGGUUGAGUUGUUGCCUUAUGAGGGAGAAAUGGUUGCUGAUCCCUUUUGUUGGAAUGCAUAUGGUGGAAUGGAGACUCUUACCAUACCACCCAUUACUUGCUUGCAAGAUGGGGCGCCUCAAAGUAUUGAAGAGAGCACGGUUUAUAGGUGUUGAUGGAUGUGGGGCUCUCUCGCGCGAGCACACACACACUCAUGUCUUGUUCUUGUUCUUGUUUUUGUUUGAUGGCAGUUCACCACAAGCAUAGAUGUAUACUGUAUAAAGCUCAGGAUAGGCAUAUGUUAUGCCUUGUAAUAGAAUGUUUGGGGUGCUUGUUAACCCAUUUCUGAAUUCAA